CGUCAACGUCAAUCAGUCAAAAUAUCUUCCACAUAAAAUUGCAAAACAAAAAGAACUUUUGUUAUCGUUUCUUUUAAAACUUAUUUUUAAUUUGAAUACCUAGAUUCAUUCAAUCUUAUCCUAUAAUAUAAUUGCUAUAUUGCUAUCAAAAUGGGUAUUAAAGGUCUUUGGUCAGUAUUGUCGCCGUAUAGUGAAAAGAAAUCUCUUCACGAGAUUCAAGGUGAAACAAUAGCAGUAGAUUUAUCAGGAUGGGUUUGUGAUAGCCAAAAUGUUACAGAUUAUUAUAUUCAACCUAAACUUUACCUAAGAAAUUUAUUUUUCAGAACAGUUUAUUUGAUACUGGCUGAUAUAAACCCCAUUUUUGUACUAGAGGGUGAUGCUCCUGAGUUGAAAAGGGAUGUGAUGGCUGCUCGAAAUGCUAUACAGUUUCGGGGUGCAGCGCCAAAAUCAGAUUCUGCAUCCAAUAAGCGUCCUGAUGUGGGUAGAAAAAGAUUUAAAGGUGUUCUUAAAGAGUGUGAAACUCUCUUAAAAUAUAUGGGAGUCAGAUGUGUUAAAGGAAAAGGGGAAGCAGAGGCUACCUGUGCACAGCUGAAUUCCCAAGGUUUGGUUGAUGCAGUGGUGUCCCAGGACUCUGAUUGCUUCGCUUACGGUGCACGUCGUGUGUACAGAAAUUUCAGUGUGUCAAAUUCAGCCGGCGGCGGCGCCAUGCAGGGCUCAGUCGAUUGCUAUGACGCUGACGCCAUGUUCCGUAGCAACGGGUUUGGCCGUAACAAAAUGGUGGCUCUGGCUAUUCUUUGUGGGUGCGACUACGGCGUUGGUGCUUGUGGCUCGUCCAUAACUACUGUUGUCUCCUUUCUACACACCAUAUCUGAUAGUGAAGUUAUACCCAGGUUACUUUCCUGGGUGAGUGACCCAGUGCAUUACGAGAAGCAAGCUCGGUUCGUGUCGGCGCCGGGCCGAUGCGACCGGUGCGGCCAUGUCGGCCGCACGCACUUGAAGAAUGGCUGUCCAGUGUGUGUUACGCACAGGGGCUGCAACGACCUAGGACACAAGUCCAAAGUGUCGGAAGUUAAGCGCGAGCUGUCACUUCGGAACAGAGCCCUCACUUGCGGCGUGCCUUUUCCGGAGCCGAAAGUUAUGAAGGAAUUCCUAAAUGCGACCCCCGAGAAAAUUGAUCUGGACAGUUUGAAAUACCCCGUUCCCAGUCUAAUUCAAUUUGUGAAACUGAUGUCGUGUAAGUUGGAUUGGUCAGAAAGAUAUUGCGUGGAGAAAUUCCUACCUGUGUUGACGAAAUGGCAUCUUCAAGAUAGUGUUCCCAAUAGAACCAUCAAGCCAAUAAUGAUAAAGAAAAAGCGAAUACCUAGAGGUGUUCCGAGUUUCGAGGUGGUUUGGACCGAUAUCGACGGCCAGUACGAAGCGUUGAUUCCGGACGAACUGUUUGAAGUGGAUGAAGACCAUUCAAAACCCUGGACUACGACGGAACGUCAGGAUUUAAUGCGCCAAUAUUACCCUGAACUAGUGGACGCAUAUGAAGAGUCGAUCAAAAAGCCGCCCAAAGUGAAGAAAACUCGAGCUACAAAGAACAAAGGUGGCGCCGACAGACCCAAGCGAAAGUAUAACAGAAAGGUCAAGAAACUCAUUGACGUGGAAAUUGCCAAUCUCAGCGGAUCCCUGAAGAAUCUAGAUUUAACAGCAAAGACCACUGAGAUUAAUUCUAGUAAGAAUAACGUUAGCGUCUGUGUGAAUAAGCUGAAAAGGAAAUUCAAAAGCACAAAGGGCAGACAAAAGACUAUUGAUAGUUUCAUAGCCCAGAAGAAACGAAAGUCCAUCGAAAAGGCAAUGCACUCGGUGAGAUGCAGCUUGAAUAAUAUUUCAAUAAAUGAUCCCAACGAACUUGUGCACAGCGAUAAUAUGUCUGACAAAGAGAACAGGAAUGACAUCAUACGACUGUUGAGCACGUCAUGUGCGAGCGACAGCGGGGACGACAUUGACGAAAGUGAUUUGUCCGAUUUAAUCGAUAAAAUCGUAAAACGACCGCCAAGCACGAAAACCGCUAGAGUGGAAAAUAAUUUAGUCAAACUAAUUUUCGAUAACAAAUUUUCUACCCCAAAGAAAUCGAAAAGAAAUAGCGUGUUGAAGCAGGCUAAUUAUAUUUCAACGCCGAAAGAAAGUCCUAUAAGAAGAAAUAGUUUUAAAUUAUGUGUAAAUAAUUCAAAUGUUUCGCUGCUGAGCAAAGUGAACACUAGUUAUUUCUUUGACAAGUUGACAGAGGACCGCGACGCUUUUGAGAUGUCGCUCGAAUACAAACACAAGAGUGCUAUCAUAAGUUUGGACUACGAUACAACAGUUGAAUACAGUUUGCCUGACAUAUGCUUAUAAGAGAAGUUGUGAUGUUAAUUUUAAUAAACAAUAUUUUGCAAAA